AUGCUGGGUGACAUCCUGGAGGAGAUUGGCUUCAGGCAGACCAUCAAGCUCUUGAAGAACCAGCAGCCCCUGGUCCCAUUUGACAAGGAGUUAGCAGCCAGGUGGUCAGAGCAAUCCCAGUUUGGGUCCGAGCCCGGGCCCCCUCAGGACUUUUCCUUCCAUAGGAGCCCAAUGACACAGAUUCACAGAAACUCUCCAGAAGACAAGCCACAGAAGCCUGCUUCCCGGGGACACAGAGAAUAUGGGAGCCAGGUGGUGGAAGUCAGUAGUAAUAGCCCACAGCCCAGCGCGUGUCAGAGCAUGGACACAAGCUCUAAGCAAAUUGCAACAUGCAGCGCGAACAUGGAGACAGCAGGAAGAAGGAAACAAAGAGGGUUUUUCCGGGACCCUCAGCUGGAAACUGAGAGCCAGGGGAGGGUAGGCAGGCCCCCAGGAACUGUGGGGGAGCCAUGGCCUCUUGAAGGGAUGAAGCCCCUCCCCAGAAAGCCAGUGGCUGGAACAACUAAGCAGCGCCUGUCUCCACUGAGGGCAAAGGGACCAGGACCCUGGACCCUGGAAGACUACCCUCCUGGUUCUUUUGAGGGUUGUCUCAACUAUGACUGCAAUCCAUCUUCCUCUGUGCUGCCUCCCCGCAAGAGGAAGAAGAAAAGCACCUGGAAAUCUGAGGACCAGAGCCCUGGAGCAAAGGUGCCUAGAGGCCAGUCUCAAAGCUGCAAGGAUAUGAAUCUCAUCCUAGGUGCCAGUCCCUUUCCAGAGAUCACCUCAAAUCUCCAAGCCUGCUUUCCCCAGGAUGGACCUGAGCACUCUUCCUUGCACACUGACCAAGAAGCAGCACCAUGGGCGUGUAGGAAAACCUUCAAAACGCCAGUGUAUUCUGGUGUCAGACCUGCCAGAACUCUCCCACAGAUUUCGAACAAAGGACGCCAGGCUAAGUCUCAAUCUAAGGGGGAAACUCACUGCCAACCCGCUCUGGAGGAAGGAGCACUCUGGAGUCAGCCAGAGGAGGACUACCCCAGGACCCAGAUCAAAACUGCUAAGCCAGCUGACCUCCAGACUGAGACCCAGACACACCUCAGGAUGCAAGAGUCCCAGAAGCUAAAGUUGCAAACCCUGUGUGCCAGCAUCCAGAGCUCACAAGCCAAGAAUCAUCAAGGCGGCCAAACCAAAAUGAUCUGCUUCCAUGCCCAAGCAAGAAACCCUGGCCAGCAUGCACACUCUGGACCCAGAGGGGAGGCCUUCCCCGAAUAUGAGCACAGCCUCCCCGAACCCUCUGGCCCUGGCCAUCUGCAGAGAGGUCCCCGCCCGCCCUUGGGCUGCAGCAGCAAUGGCAGCAAGAAGACCCAGGCUAAGAAACCUGCUCCACUCAUGGCCAACGCCUUCAAGGAUUACAGGAAUAGUUGGGCUAGAAAGUGA